CUCUCCCUCUCCCUCUCUCCUCUGUCUUUGUAUCUCUUUGUCUCUUUCAUUCUUUCGCGCCGUUUGCAGGGGCUCCAUAGGGUCCCUUUUCGCGUUGCUCUAGGGUGCAUUCUGGAUGAAUUUUCUGUAUACUCUAGUCCACUGAUUGAUUCUUAAAGCACGUAUUUAUAUGAAACUGUUCCGGAAUGGAUUCCCUUUUCUAGAAUUAUUCUGUUUUUUUCCUAGAAAACGCGAAUGGAAAUCUAGAAGAUAAUUGAACAAUUCUGCGUAAAAAACUUAUUUAACUACUUGGAACUCAUUUAAAAUUUAUUAUAAAUUUAUUUGCUAUUCUGCUGCAACAUCAGGAUAAACGGAUCUCUCGUUCGAAGCUAGGUCUAUCGGUGGUACGUUGGCAGACUGCGACGAUGUGGAGCUCCGUUCUUUCGCGCGCGUUCGCUGGUUUUAUUUUAUUUAUUUAUUUUUUGUUCGAAAAUGAGGGACUCCAUGGGAACUAGAGGCUGCUAGAGACUCUCGAAUGGGAAUUUGGUCUAAAAGGAAGUCGUUGGAUGUCGAACGGAAUAUUUGUGACUAGCCAGCUUGUCAAGAUUUUUAAUAAUAACUUUUUUCUGCAAAUAAAUUGUGAAUAGAAAGUUAGUUUUAAGUUGGAUUACACUGGUUACAAUAGUCGUUAAAUUGGUAACCUGAAAAAAAGUAUCAAUCACAUUUGCGAAGAUGGUUGACUUCAGUACCCUCUCAACCAACUCGUGCUUACUGCCUGUAUUGCAAGAAGAAUUUACAUGCACAUCGUUUGUCAUUGUUGAAGCAUACGUGCACAAUGAAGCAUCAGCGCUCAGCUUUAUCGUAUCAAUUGGAAGAGAAACAGGCACGGAAGUCGGAGUCCGAUGCACCAGAAGUUGCACUUAUGGAAGAAGUUGAGACUAUGGAUGAAUCUCAAACGGAAUUGGUCGAAGACAAUGAUGAUGACAUCGAGUACGUCGUUGAAAGAUUAGAAACGGACGAGGAUACAAUGGAAUUCGAAGAUGUAAAAGAGAAUUUUGUGGAAGACAGCAUGGAGCAGGAAGAUGAAAAAGUGAUGGUGGAUGAUACGGAUAAUAGCCAAUCCAAUGAAGAUUCUACAUCUGUAAUAAAAAAGAUUAAAUUAUUGCCCGAGCAAAAGUGUAGAGAGAGAGAUCCUUUAGCAGAGGCGAUGGCCCAUGUUCACAGUGAGUAUCUCGAAGAGGAAAUCGGGAGUCAGGAAAAUGUGCAGAUGGAGAUGAUCGUGGAGUCCACUAAUGAUAUAUCUGGUCUAUCCGAGUCAGUGAACGACGAUAUCGAGAAAACAUCAAAAUUGCAUGAAAAUGAAAAAACGGUAAUCAGAGCCACCAAAAAUGGACAAGUCCUUCAGGAAGACAGUAAAAGUAAUCUGGUCGUCACCUCAUCGUUACUGAACACAGCUUAUCAGACAAAUAUCUCGACGAGUACAGCACCUAUUCAAAAUGCGAUUAAUUUUGUGCCGAUCGCGCCGAAGACUCAAAAGACCAUCACUUUGAUGUGCGGUAACAAAACGUUUACACUAACUGGUGGUACAUUUCAACCGGGCACGCAAUAUGUGCUGACCAAACUUAAGGGUAAGCCAACAACACUGAUGGUAGCCGACCAGAAAAAGGUCACGAUGAACGAGUCGAACAACAAAGUCAAAAUAGAAUCAUCUGAAACCAACCAAACAGCUACUCCUGGCACCAGCCAGCAAUCAACUGCUGCAGCAACUGUCAAUCAACAAUCAGCUGGCACUAAAAUAGCAUCUAAAAAAAAUGUUUCAGCAAGACAAUUAAUAAAACAGACUACAUCAAAAAAAUUACGCAUUUCUACAUACGUUGUGGAUACUGUCAAAGGAAUUCCAAUUAGUGGAUUACAAGUCAGCUUAUAUAAACUAAUGGAUGGUAAAUGGACUUUCUUGAAUGAAACUAAUACAUCUGCGGAAGGUUACUGUAAUGAUCUAGUAGAAAAGGUGAAUGGUACAAUCGGCCGUUACAAGAUUCACUUUGAUGUUGAUAAGUAUUUUACACUGAAAAGAAUAGAGACCAUGUUUCCGUUCGUCGAGAUCGUAUUUGAUGUAAAGAACCCUAAUGUUCACUAUCAUAUACCUCUUUUAUUGAGUCCCUUUGGCUAUACAAUCUAUCGUGGAACAUAAGUAUAAUAGAAUGAGUGAAACUUUCACAAACGUCUGUGCAGGUUUUAGAUAGAAAAA